AUGGCGUCGCUUCAGGUGAGAUGGCCGGAAAUGUCCGGCACCAAACAGCGCGCCCUCGAGGACGCCAAAAAGAUGCAGAGGGCCGUCACCGAAGAGUGCGCCAAGUCAGGAAGGGAACCUCCUCAGUACCAGCUGUCGGAGCUCAUCGGCAAAGGCAGCUUUGGCCGCGUCUACAAGGCCACCUCGCAAAAGUCGGGCGAGCUCGUUGCUGUCAAGAUCAUUGACAUCGAGGAGAGCGAUACGGCAAACCCGAAGCUCACCGACACCUACGGCGACCUGCUCAAGGAGAUUAACGCGCUGAAGCUCCUCAGCGACAGCGGCGCCAAGAACGUCAACCAGGUCAUCGAGGCCCUGCCUGUCGGACACUCCAUGUGGAUGAUCACAGAGUACUGUGCUGGCGGCAGCGUCGCCACUCUGAUGAGGCCCACGGCGCCCGGUGGCCUUCAGGAGAAGUGGAUUAUCCCCAUUCUGCGCGAGGUCGCCGAGGCAAUGUACUGGGUGCACCGCCAGGGCAUCAUACACCGAGAUCUGAAGUGCGCCAACGUCCUCGUCACUGAGGUUGGCGACGUCCAGCUUUGCGACUUUGGCGUCGCCGGCGUCAUAGAGACCAAAUUUGACAAGAGGUCGACCUUUAUCGGGACCCCUCACUGGAUGGCACCUGAGCUCUUCGACCAGUCCACAUCAUACGGCACUGAAAUCGACAUCUGGGCUUUCGGAGCUAUGGUGUAUGAAAUUGCCUCCGGGCUGCCACCCAAUGUUACCGACGGUAUGGACCUCGCUCGGCUGGGCAACCGCCUCAAGCAGCAGACGCCACGUCUCGAGGGGGACCAGUACUCGGCCGGGCUCAAGGACCUGAUCGCCUACUGCUUACAGCCUGAUCCUACAAAGCGACCUGUGAUCGAGCAGGUCCAACGUCACCCAUACAUAUUCAACACCGAGGACGCAUACCCUACCUCCACCUUGCGACAUCUGGUUCGAGCCUUUAAGCUGUGGGAGGCCCAGGGAGGCGACCGUCGGUCUCUCUUCGCCCCGGGUGGCGCUCAGGGUCUGUCCGACGUGUCGUCCGCCGCAUUGGCCAACGACGAGUGGUCAUUCAGUACCACAGCUGCGUUUGACCAGCAAGUCUUUGACGAUGGUGGCGCUCAGGACGUGUACGACGUGUAUGGAUCCAAUGUCGACUUUAGCCAACAGCCAUUUGAAGAGACUUCACGACCGCCCAAGAGCAAGGGCCGACGACGGCCACCGCCACAUCUGCCGUCGGUCAAGGCCCCUCUUGAGAAGGUGUUUGAUCCUAACACCAUCUCCAAUUACGAAGACAAUUCCCGCGCCUACUACGGGAAGCCCUUCAUGGCUCCCGUGUCCGAUCUUCCGCUGCGGGACGAGUCAGCACCCGCUGCGGACGUGCGAGAGUCGUUGAUCGACCUCGAUGCUUCGCUGCAUGGCAGCGACCUAUCGCAGUUUGUCGACUUGGACACUAUCAAGGCGGGAGAUCCCCGUGCGUCCACCGACUAUGACUUUGGUGACGCCUCCCACUACGUCAAAGCGCCCCUGAGCGAUCCCGCCGACGUAAACAACAACCGUCGAACGCAGGACUGGAAAUUUCCCACCAUGGCCCCGCCGGCAUCUGCGAAUCCAGAAAUGUUCAGAUUCCCGUUCACAGACGAUUCUUCGACCCCCGACACCGGUCGGCCUCCGCUUUUGCACCAGCAAACGGAACCGCUACAGACCUCGAUGGUCUUUGGCGACCUCGCCUCUUCGAAGCCCAGCUCGGUCAACCGGGCCUCUGUUGGUAGCCUGAUUGACCUCGACAUGAGCUUUCCGGACUCUGCGACGGACUAUACUCGUCCAUCUACUUCUCACUCAGACGUAGGGUCGAUAAGCGGGUCUGAGGUGGGUGGCGCGUUUGAGCUUGAGAAGCAUGCGUCGCUCUACGUAACGUCCAACACGGUCCGAGAACCGUCAAUCUACGUCUCGGAUGACUCUGAAUACGCAACAGCCCUCGCGGACGUCCGUAGUGGGCAUACCUCGGAUGGCGAGCACAGCCAGCACCAGUUCGAGACGAAUGAGCAGCCCUCAAACGAGUCCCGUCCCUAUUCGCUCAGCGACUUUGCCGACAUGGAUCCCGAGUCCAUGUCCCCUCCGCCCACAGCAGCGCCGAGGAUGGCCAAGUUCCCCCCGUCAUACCAGGAGCAGCCGCAUGAUCACCCGGAACCGCUCCCGGAGGAGAGCCACCCCCAGAGCUACGACCAAGGCCCUGGGCAGUUCCGGGAGACCUCGCCGAGCAAUUACGCUUCCCUGCCACGGCUCCCGUUUGCGCCCUCGCCGGCCGUCAUGGAGGGCAGGGCCAGCUCGGAGGAGGUCAAGCACGAGCUGCGGCGCAUGGCCAUGAGCCUGGGCGACCACCUCAGCCACGCAAACGCGUACCUGUCCGCACUGCCUAUUCGCCGGGGCAGCACGACGCGUAUGGAAGCCGUGGGUGAUGGCGAUUGA